ACAUCUAUGGAGAAUGUUUCACUGGUCACAGAGCUUACGCUGGAAGGUUUAAACUUUCCUUGGGAACAACGGGUGGUGCUAUUCUGUGUCACUUUGCUCUGGUAUCUGAUGAUCUUGGCGGGUAAUAUCAUCAUCAUUGUGGCUAUUAUUUUGGACAAAAGCCUCCAUGAACCAAUGUAUAUCUUUCUGUGCAACCUGUGUAUUAAUUCUUUGUAUGGGACCGUUGGGUUUUACCCCAAAUUUCUUUUUGAUCUGUUGAACUCCCAUGUCAUUUCAUACGCAGGUUGCAUGCUGCAGGGUUAUGUCAUCCACUCUUCCGUCUGUUGUGACUUUUCUCUCUUAGCGUUGAUGGCGCUUGACCGAUAUGUGGCUCUGUGUCGACCUCUAAUUUACCAUUCUGUGAUGACCAAACGGAGAGUAUAUGUGCUGGUGAUCCUGUCAUGGAUUGUUCCUUUGUUCUGCAUGUUCAUGAACACUGCUACUCUCCUGCAGACGCAGCUGUGUGGCUCGCACAUCAACAGGCUUUACUGCGUCAACUUCAUGAUUGUCAGGCUCGCCUGCUCGCCGCCUUUGGCCAGUGCUUAUGUUUCCUACUUCAAUAUCGUCUUUUAUUUUGGACAUUUCGUGUUAAUUAUUUGGUCCUACAUAUAUCUGAUCAAAACGUGUUUGAUAGGUAAAAAAAACUGGGCGAAGUUCAUGCAAACAUGUGUCCCUCAUCUAAUAUCUCUCAGUGUCUCUGCCUUCGCGGUGCUUCUGGAUUUGCUGUACAUGAGAUUAGGCUCGCCUGAUUUAUCCCAAAACCUCAGUAAUUUUAUGGCGAUGGAGAUUCUGCUAAUUCCUCCGAUGUUAAAUCCUGUUGUUUACGGAAUGAAGCUUACGAAAAUUCGCAUCUGGAUCCUAAAAAUUGUGCACGUUCACAGGAUAGAUGCAACAUGCACCAGUAAGCAACCUGUAUCAAAUUCAGGACCAGACACAACAACCACUCGCAAACCCAGGUCACAGAACUCUCUUGAAACGCCUUUUGGAUAUGUCACUAAAGCUGUUGCACCUACAUACCUCAUAUGUGAAAUUCGAUGUGGCAAGCUCUUAUUUUGUUGGAGAGAUGUUAGGAGCUCUUGGAUUGGCUGUUUUGUCCAGCUGCUGAGAGACGCUCUAUAA